AUGGACAGGCCACAGGUAUCGAUACCGCCCGCUGCGGACGUGCUUGGAACGAUCGGAACUGUUGCUGGUGUGUUCAGAUCAUCCCACAGAUAUGGCACAACUACCGGCGAAAGAGCACCGAAGGCUUGCCUGGAUCGAUGCUUAUCCUUUGGUGGUGUGCCCUUUGGAGUUUACGCGAUCGUCCAGAACUUCAGCUUCGCCCUCAAGUUUCAGCCUCAAGCGUUCGCCGGCCUCACACUGAUCUCAUGGGGACAGACACUCUACUAUCACAACAAGUGGAAAGCAUGGACUGCUACCGUAGCUACCAUACUUCUUGCGACGAGUUUUGCAGUCAUGGAGGUGAUCCUUAUCUUUACCCUUCAAGGACCUUAUGAUCGCGGUGUCGAGUGGCCGAUGAUGCUUAUGGCAAUCUCAGCCACACUCAUCCAGAUCGCUGGGUUAAUACCACCAUACUUCGAACUCGCAAAGCGCAAUGGACGGGUCAUUGGCAUUGACUUCUGGUUCCUGCUCAUCGACUACGCUGGAGCAUUCUUUUCGCUCAUGGCUCUUGUUGCGCAGCAAUGGUUCGAUGCCCUUGGUGGUAGCCUGUACAUCGCAUGCAUGUUACUCGAGACCGGCAUCUUUGCGUCUCAGGCGGUCUGGCUGUGGCGUGUUCGACACAUCCGCAAAGAAGCAAAGAAAGCGGGCAAGACCUACGAUGAGUACGUUGCUGAAAACCCCUCGAAAAAGAUUCCUCGAUCUGAGUCGUCCGAAACGGUUGUCGAUGUCGAAGCAUGCCACGAACCUAAAAGCCAGGACACGGUGACGGAAAAGACCAACACAGAGUCGAAGAAGAAGCAAGACAUGGCUUCUGAAGCGAAGGUCGCAACGAAAGCUCCAGCAUAUAAGCAUGGCUUUCUGCAGAAGUGGAGGAACCUGGUGCUCAGACCAGUCCCCGAUCCUCAGUCGUGAUCGUCUGCUUCUUUUCCCCUGAUUUUGAGCGUUGCCCAACGGGCUCUACGAGUUAGGCUUCUCGUUCCGGCAGCACGUGUGAAUCAUGAUUUCCACUUCAAAAGUGUCAUUAGCGUGGGCGGAUACUUAUUUUUGAAGCCUAUUGGCUUUCACCAAAAGUCGGAUCAACCAGAACUAUCGGAAGGUCGUACGAGGUCCUCAGGCUCUCGGUGGUGGUAUAUAUCUCACCUCUCCGGACUGCAGUACAAGAAUACUGCACCCUGCCAAAAGCUCAUUUAUCCAUAGAUGGUCCAUUCAUAUCACAGUCUACCUGGUGGCUCGCAAUGAAAAUGCACUUUGACUCAGGUGUGAUUGUGUCGAACAUUGAAACCAUUGAUAGGC